CUCUCUCUCAUACGCACGCAUACAUGCAUAUAUAAUAUAAAACGAUUUUUUUUCAAGCCAAUUGUUUUUUCAUAGUGCACCUUGUCCUGAAAGUACAAGGGCGGGAAGGGAAACAAAGCGUAGCGGAGGAGGAGGAGGAGGGAGGAAGCAGAGUGCAGUAGGAGGUGCCAUGCAGGGGGAGGUAUCGAAUUUUGGCCAAUCAAAAAAAGGUGUCUUGUCUGGGCGUUAUUAGCAUGUGGGUCUGUAAAUAGAGCAGGCGCGAGGCGGGCGCUAGUCAUUCUCUGUCCAUUUACUCGAGAAGCAGCAUCAUGCCCGAUCCAGCCAAGACCGCGCCCAAGAAGGGAUCAAAGAAAGCCGUGACCAAGACGGCCGGCAAAGGAGGCAAGAAGCGCAGAAAGUCCCGGAAGGAGAGCUACGCCAUCUACGUGUACAAGGUCCUGAAGCAGGUGCACCCUGACACCGGCAUCUCAUCCAAGGCCAUGGGCAUCAUGAACUCCUUCGUGAAUGAUAUUUUUGAGCGCAUCGCCGGUGAGUCUUCUCGUCUGGCUCAUUAUAACAAGCGCUCCACUAUCACCUCCAGGGAGAUCCAGACCGCCGUGCGCCUGUUGCUUCCCGGCGAGCUGGCCAAGCACGCCGUGUCCGAGGGUACAAAGGCCGUCACCAAGUACACCAGCUCCAAGUAAAGCGCGUUACCGCCGUUUUCAUCAACCCAACGGCUCUUUUAAGAGCCACCCACUUUUCAUACAAAGAGUAAUUUCCUCUCUUUCGCUUUCUCUCUCGCUGUGAGUGUGUGUGUCUGUGUGUGUGUCUGUGUGUGUGUCUGUGUGUGUGUCUGUGUGUGUGUCUGUCUGUCUGUGUGUCUGUCUGUGUGUCUGUCUGUGUGUCUGUCUGUGUGUCUGUCUGUGUGUGUGUCUGUGUGUGUGUCUGUGUGUGUGUCUGUGUGUGUGUCUGUGUGUGUGUCUGUGUGUGUGUGAGGGGGAGGGGGACUUCUGAAGCGCUGCACUCCCGCGGAUGUUCAGGCUUUUGGGUAAUUCUAGCAGUCUGCUAAAUGCAGAGAUGAGUAAAUCUAAACAGGGUUGUAGCACGGUUUCGGGGGUUGUAUAAUCUGAGCAAUGCAAAAUGGGACUUUAGCAGCACAAAGUUAUUCGUAUUAAGAUUGUAGCAACAGGAAGUAGUUGAAAAUGGUUUUCUAGUAGCACAUAAUCAUUCUAAAUCAGGGGUGCCCAAACUUUUUCCUGUAAAGGGCCAAAAAUCAAACUUGAUUGAGGGCUGUGGGCCAAAAGUAAAUGUUGCAUUAUACCAAACUGUAUUAUAUUAAAAUUAAAGUUGCCAUGGUUCCAAUUUAUCAUUUCAUAAUAUUUAGAAAUAAAUAAAUUAAUAGAAAAUGUUAGUCUGUA